AUGCAGUCCACGCCGAUGCUGUGCCCCCUGAGUACCGAUUCGACUCCGCAACGAGAUUGGAAACAAAGGCUCAGCCUCCGAGACCAUCGAAAACGAGAUAUGGAUAAUUCAACUUUAAAACGGGGCAUUGGCAGGCGAUGGACUAGCUUAAAACAACAUCCAAAAUUAUCAGAUUCAUCAAAUGACACAGGUACAGGGACUACGACACCUCUCUCAACUCCAUCUUCCACCGCUAACACCAGUCCGUUUCCCGGUAGCGUUGGAGGAGAACAUACCAAGAAAAGUAAUUGGCAAGUUAUUGAACACUUCGGAUCUAAAGAAAAAGGAAGUUUGUCCUCCAGUUUAAUUGCUGUUGGCAGUAUUACAAGGUCACCACCGAACCGAGAAAAUGGAUCGGCACCAAAUUCACCCGGCCCGGAAAGUCACGAAGUGGAAGCUGAAUUAUUGGUCUCGUCGGCUUCGAGAAUGGAGGCGCCCACUUUUUUUGGCAAGCUCGUUCGACUGCUGGGAAAGUUGUGUAGUACCCAUCAAUUUAAAAACGUACAGGUUGAGAUGUUGUACCAAAGAUAUUUUCUGAAAAUGAACCAAAGCAAUAUGACAAAUUUGAUAUCGCUACUUCUGUUACUAUGCAUCGGUUUCCUGUUGCUGGGGGCUGUAGAUUUUAUUCUUCCGAAAGCCGAAGUAGCUCACUCUAUAUUUGAAGACUCGAGUCGAAUGGACAAGCUGGUCGUACUUAUGUGCACAUCAGCAUGCUGUAUAGCUAUUUAUGGCGUUUUACUCACAGUGGUGUCAAAGCCUGCGAUGAAUGAAGUUUACCUGAUCAUUAUAUCUUAUUUCAUAUUAGUGACUUUUUUAACUUUAGAGGUUUGCAUAGCUUUUUUCUUCUACAACGAGAGACCACUAGUUGGUACCGCCUUUGCGGUGACGUCAACCUAUUUGACGUAUGCGCUGAUGCCAAACCGUCUGAAAGAUGCCGUGCUCUCCGGAACAAUAUUAGCCAUAACUGAACUGAUCUUAUUAGUGUAUGUAGGAAAUCUGACAAGUUUUUCAGAUAUAAUCAGCAACUUUAUAAUACUGUUCUGUGCCAACUUGGCCGGGGUCUGCACGCAUUAUCCCAGAGAAGUAGCGCAAAGAAAAGCUUUCCUCGAAACGAGACAAUGUAUAGAAGCCAGACUGAAAAUUCAACGGGAAAAUCAACAGCAGGAAAGGCUCCUUUUGUCAGUUCUUCCGAGGCACGUGGCGAUGGAAAUGAAAGCCGAUAUUGCUGGCCAGCCGAAAGAAGAACAAUUCCACAAAAUCUACAUUCAAAGGCACGAGAACGUAAGCAUCCUGUUCGCCGACAUAUGUGGUUUUACGACCCUGUCCGAUCAGUGCACCGCCGAAGAGCUCGUCCGUCUUCUAAACGAACUGUUUGCCAGGUUCGACAAGCUGGCCGCCGAGCACCACUGUCUCCGAAUCAAAUUGCUGGGGGACUGUUACUAUUGUGUGUCCGGACUUCCGGAAGCCCGCCCCGAUCACGCCCAGUGCACAGUUGAAAUGGGUCUGGACAUGAUUGAUGCCAUCGCAUUAGUCCGUGACGUGAUGAACGUCAACGUUAACAUGCGAGUCGGUAUCCACACAGGGAGGGUUCACUGUGGCGUCUUGGGUCUGAGAAAAUGGCAAUUCGACGUCUGGUCCAACGACGUUACUCUAGCCAAUUACAUGGAGAGUGGCGGAAUUCCAGGGAGAGUACACAUAACGAAGGAGACCCUCAAAUGUUUGGAUAAUGAUUACGUAGUGGAACCGGGAAAUGGAGGUGACCGAAACUCAUAUUUAAAGGACAACAAUAUAGAUACGUUUCUCAUUGUUGCGCCAUCAUAUAGAGGGGGAACAACAUCUUAUCAAAGUCAUUCCAUGAAUGGCAAUGUUGCUAAAGAAAUGAGGAUUAUGGGACAUGGUUCCCAACAAGGACAUUCCACAAAACCGUUCAGCGACCAAGCGGAAGUAAGGGAGAAGAAUCCGGAAGACGAGGUGAACGAUUACCUGAUGAAAGCCAUCGAUGCCCGAAGCAUUGACAGGUUAAGGACGGAGCACUGCAGGACGUUGCUGCUUACUUUCAGAGAUCCCAUCAAAGAAAAUAAGUAUGUGUUAGAACGAGAUAGAAUGCUCACUCUAUACUUCAUUUGUUCAACAUUCUGUUUUGCUGCUAUAAUUUUAGUACAAAUAGCGAUUUUUAAAAGCAACGAGACAGCUUUAUUAUGCUCAGUACCUGUAGUAUUAUUCCUCAUAAUGCUUCCAGUCAUUGUUUACUUGGAUACUGUCAACACAAGGCAUUUCCAGAAGAAAAUGUUUACCAUAUCGAGGCUCAUCCACAAGAACCGCAACAUAGCACAGAUAUUUUGUUUUUUGAUGUCCAUAUGCAUUUAUACUCUGGUGAUGUUACAAUCGCUGUCUUUACCAGAAGAAAUCCAAUGUUUGAAUAUCACUUCCAUCGAGACCAAUUGUACAAGUUUAUACACUCCAGCGAUUAUUGACAAUGAAAUUAAAGACUGCAAACCUUACUACUUAGUUGACAACAUGCUACUUCUAGUACUGAUAUCGAUGAUAGCCUGCGCUGUGUAUCAAAUCAUAAUAUCUCUUCUGAAGACAAUCAUUUUACUAGCAGACAUGAUUGGAUUUUUAUUCAUCUACGUGAUUUAUUCCAAGGAAGCAGUCCACAUUUACAGGACUGCCUGUUCACAGAAAUUCAGCGAUGGAGAUACAUUAACUCAACAUUACAUGAACGUCGUGAUACUGGCUGGAUUUGUCAUAGCCCUAAUUUUGCACGGACAACAAACAGAAGCGACGUACAGGCUGGAUUUCGUGUGGAAACUGCAGGCCACAGAGGAAAAGGAAGACAUGGAACAUUUGGAGGCAUACAACCGAAAAUUAUUAGCUAAUAUUUUACCAGUUCACGUAGCCGAGCAUUUCCUAAACACGGACAAGAAUAACGACGAACUGUAUCACGAGCAAUGCGACUUCGUUUGCAUCAUGUUCGCUUCGAUUCCCAAUUUCUCCGAGUUCUAUGUGGAGCUGGAAGACAACGAAGGAGUGGAAUGUUUGAGGCUGCUCAACGAAAUUAUUGCUGAUUUCGACGAGAUGCUGUCCGAGGACCAGUUCAGAUAUAUCGAGAAAAUUAAGAGCACCGGUGCGACAUAUAUGGCGGCAUCAGGUUUAACGCAAAACACUUGCGACAUGCAAGGCUACAGGCAUGUGAUCGCUAUGGCGGACUACGCGCUUAGAUUGAGGGAACAAUUACAGGAAGUGAACGCACACCUGUUCAACAAUUUCAAGAUACGAAUAGGUAUCAAUGUCGGACCAGUGGUGGCUGGCGUAAUUGGAGCCAGAAAACCCCAGUAUGACAUUUGGGGCAACGCCGCGGUUAACGUGGCCAGCCGAAUGGACAGCACUGGAAUAUGCGAUAAGAUACAGGUUACCAAAGAAGUAUAUCAAAUCCUCAACGCAAAAGGCUAUUUCCUCACGUGCAGAGGAACCAUCGAGGUUAAAGGUAAAGGUUCGAUGGAAACCUAUUUUCUAGAGGGCAAACCCAAGUCUCCUCAUACAAAUAUAACUGUGAAUCCCCUGGCUGUACCCCCAUCCAUGAAUACAUCUGUGUUAGGAACAAUAUCAGAGAAAAAUUAAGAUAAAUAUUUAUUUUAUUCUGUCCUUCAGGUUCUGUUAAUAGAGAAAGUUAGUGUAGGUAUUAGUGGUUUUGUAUAAGAAGUCGUAUCAACUUUUAAAAUGAGCUUUAAUAGUUUCUGGAUCGGAAAUAGUAUAAUAAAUGUUUGUAGUUUUCUAUGUUUUGCAAUUUAGAGAUAUUCUUAUUGUAGAAUUCGAGUUCUUAUAUAAAACCAUUUAAUAAAAAGAAACCUACAUUAAUAUAUAUGUUUUAACAAAGGAAUCCUGGCUCCCCAAAUAAUAACCAUACCGUCACCUUUGGCCUAAUCUCUUAAUCAUUUAAUUCUAUUCAUCGACUGAAGAUAGCUAGAUAAACUAAAUCAAAAUCAUAUUUUAUUCGAUAGAAUGGUAUUUAAUUGGGGAGUCAUUAUUUACUU